AGUUUCCAGAUGCAUUGAAUUUGAAAAACAGAGAAUGGGAUCAACGUGCUCAACGCCGGAAAGCAAAGAACAAAAACGAAUAAACUCGGUUAUUGAUAAACAGAUAAGAAAGGACGAGGACGACGAGAUUGGUAAUCAGAAAUUGUUACUUCUUGGAACUGGAGAGUGUGGGAAAUCGACCAUUUUAAAGCAAAUAAAUAUUCUUCAUAGCAGCGGGUUUUCAAAAGCGGACCUGAAAAACGUGGCGGGUACGGUGUAUAGCAAUAUUAUCCAAGGAGUAGCAACACUUUUGAAAGCAAAGGAUCAUUUUUAUUAUGAGCUAAGCACUCCUGAACUUGAUGCUGAUGCUCAACAUAUUUUAUCACUGGCUGAUAGUAGUAAAGAUGCGAUGCCAUUUAUUCCAUUAACAUUCAAUGCUAUAAAACGAUUAUGGCAUGAUCCAGUUGUACAGAAAACUUUCGAAAGAAGAGCCGAAUUUCAAAUGAUGGAUACUCUCGUUUAUUUCAUGAAUGAAUUGGACCGAAUAAACAAUGCUGAUUAUAUUCCAACUGUAGAUGAUAUGUUACGAAUACGAAUACCUACAAUGGGAGUUGUACAACAAACUAUUGAAAUUAAAGGAACAAAGUUUAGAAUAUACGAUGUUGGAGGACAACGCUCAGAACGCCGAAAAUGGAUUCAUCUUUUUGAUAAUGUAAAUGCAACAAUUUUUAUAUCAGCAAUAAAUGAGUUCAAUCAAAAACUUAAUGAAGAUGGUCAAACGAAUCGAAUGAAAGAAUCGAUAAAGUUAUUCGAAACAAUAUGCAAUUCCCGUUGGUUUGUGCAAGCUGCGAUGAUUUUAUUUUUAAACAAACGGGAUUUGUUUGAACAAAAAUUAAAGACAACAAGUAUUAAUGUGCUCUUUUCAACAUAUCAAGGAUCAAAUGAUUAUGCCGAGUGUGUUGCCUAUAUUCAGAUGCGUUUUGAACGACUUAAUAAAUAUUCCGACAUUAAGAAAAUUUAUACGCAUGUAACGUGUGCAACAGACACAAAUCAAAUUCAAUUGGUAAUUGAUAGUGUUGUUGAUAUGGUUAUUGGACGAAAUUUACGAGGAACAGGCAUGGAAUAAUUUCAUUUUUUUAAAUGUUAUAUUUUUAUUUUUGUACACAGUUACAAAUUAACGGGUUGUUUUUUUUUGUUCAAUUCUGGAAUAAAAUAGUUGAUAAUAACUUUUAUUCACAAGCGAUUUAAAAUAAUAAAGUUGUU